AUGGAAGAAAGCUGUAGAGAGAGUCACACCGAUGCGGACCAGGCUACUCCUCUCGAGAGCGACUCCAGCAGGCAGACCGCCAGCAUAGUGCAAGGUCAUGGCCCCAGGUUGUCGAAGAUAAAUCUGUUCAGCUUGCUGAGUUUGUGGUUGGAGCUGUUCCCCCAGGGGCAACCAGAAGAUGAUGAUAAUCAGAUUCGCAAUGUGGGUCUCGUGGUAGUGCGGGACAGUAAGGUAGUGGGCCUCCACUACAGUGGACACGAGCUUCAUGCAGGCCAGGCAGCCAUCAUCCAGCAUGCUGCCCGCCUGGCCGAAUGUCAGCUGUACUUCUCUAGGCGACCGUGCGCAACAUGUCUGAAGAUGAUUAUUAACGCCGGGGUGACUGAGAUUUCCUUCUGGCCCGGAGACCCUGAGGUCAGCAUGCUAAGGUCCGGCCCCCAUGCUCCCGUUGGCAACAUCUCUGAGGAAGCCGCACUGGACGCGGUGGCUACAGAGAAGCUGAAGUCCAACAGCCGCGCGCAUAUCUGCUUGCUGCUGCAACCCCUGGCUCCAGGCAUGGUGCAGUUUGUGGGCGAGACGUCCAGAGAGUGCGAUUUCAUGGUGACGCAGACGGACGAUGAGCUGGACACGGAGGAGCUCUACUACAGGGAACAGGAGAACCACUUGGAAGAUUUCUCCAGACGGUUCCUGAUUGCGGACUCUCAUCAGCAUCAAAUGCUUUUGACUCAAAUGCAUCUGGAAAACUUCUGCGUGGAGCCCUACUUUUCCAACCUUCGACACAACAUGAGGGAGUUGGUGAAAGUCCUGGCUGCUGUGGUGGCUGGGGUGCCACAGCAUCACUGUGGAUUUCACCGGGAACCCUCGGGCCCAAAUACAUUACUCCCCAGCUCGGCGCCUCCCCCUCAUCAUGAGGGAGUGUCGCAAGAAUUCGCCCGCCAUUGCAUCAUCCAAGCCAGGCUACUUGCCUACAGAACAGAGGACCCGAAAGUGGGCGUUGGCGCCGUUAUUUGGACCAUUAGACAGUCUGCUGGCCUUAAUGGACCCCGUCAUCUGUCCCUGGUGGGUUGUGGCUAUAAUGCUUACCCCGCUGGCUCACAGUACGCAGAAUACCCACUCAUGGACGAUAAACAGGAGGACAGAAAGCGACGCAAGUAUAGAUACAUUGUCCAUGCUGAGCAGAACGCACUCACCUUCAGAACUCGCGAUGUCAACCCAGAGGAAGCUGCCAUGCUGUUUGUGACGAAAUGCCCAUGCGAUGAGUGCGUCCCUCUAAUUAGAGGUGCCGGCAUCACCCACAUCUUUACUACCGACCAGGACCGGGACAGGAAUAAAGGCGACAUUUCCUACCUCCGAUUCAGCAACUUGAAGGACAUCCAAAAAUUUAUUUGGCAAAGGGACCCUGUAGCGUCUUUAAAUAUCACCAAUGGGCAUUCUAGUAAACGCGUCAUAACGGAGCCGCAGGAGACGCACAACAUUAAGAAGCGUCGUGACAGUAGAUCGAACAACUUGUCACCCACCAUCUGA